AUGGCGGCCCCGAUUCUCGCCACUGACCGCCCUAAGGCCCCGGAGAGCGACUACGGGUCCGAUUUCUCAGUCGAGGAAGAGCGCCUGGUUCUUGACCUACUGGAAAGGCUCCAGGGCGUCCCAGCAGCCUCGGCCUCAUCGCCAGACAGCCAGCUCGACUCGGCGUCCCAGGCUGACUUGGACGCAGCCAUUGCAGCCAACCUCUUUGUCUUGCCUCCCGUGACUGGACGUGACCCUGAACAUGUAUGUGAGAUCAGCAAUCGCGUCGGCUUCGGCGCGCACCUCCCAGUGCUUAGCCAGGCCAAAGCCCUUGCUGGCCCACCGCUCAAUUCGACAAGCAGAGUACCUGAGAAUGUCACUCCCGUUACAUCAUCAUUGCCGCUGGAUGGCAUCCGGUACCCGGAUUUAAGCCGUGCAUUAUCGGACUCGCAGCCCGAGUCCGCAGCCAAGAAGACCCAGGCUUUGCUCCAGAGUGCACAGCCAAAGGGGGACACCAGAUCGCCCAUUGAGCGUUUCCGUUCUUUCCCCAAGAAGCCGCUCACCGUCACCGACAUUUCGUCUGGAGCUUGGUGUGAGCUUCAGUACUGGUAUACCCUGUCGCUUCUCCCUGGCGGACGGAAGACGAGGACGGCCGCUAUGCGUGGAGGGACCAGGGUGCACCAGAAACUGGAAGAUGAAGUCCACACUACCAUACAAGUCAACGUCACGUCGAAAGAAGAGGCGUUCGCCUUGCGCCUGUGGAACUUCAUCCAGGGCCUGCGGACCUUGCGAGAUACCGGUCUCACGCGCGAGCUGGAGGUCUGGGGCGUCGUUGAAGAGCAAGUCAUCAACGGUGUAAUUGACGAGUUGAGCUUCACGAGCCCAAACGCUGGGUUUGAGGAAGAACUCAGCCACAGCCCGUCAUCUAACGGUGAUGCGGCCCACUCUGCUGAGAAGCAGUCCCCCAUCACAAAUUACUUCAACCCCCACCACCGAAGAGUGUACUUGACCGAUAUCAAGACACGCGGCAGUACCAGGUUACCUUCUGGGGCGGCCUUGAGACCGUCCAGGGUACAGCUCUUCUUGUACCAUCGGAUGCUAGGCGAGAUGGCCGCUGGCCGAUUAGACUUCGCGACAAUCGUUGCCCGGUAUGGACUCCAACCGGAAGCCCGGUUCUCGGACGUUUUCAUGGCUCAGAUUGGUAGUCUUUACGAUGAGGUUUUCAACGAUGCGUGCCCCGACGAGGCAGCUGUGUCCACAAUUCCGAUGGAUAUUGACGCGGGUGUUACCGACUCGAAUACUGCCCCAAGCUCAGGCGCAAAACGGUCGCUCCCUCUUGACCUGAUCAGAUAUCGGUCAAUUCAACACAUUAUACCACUUGUGCAAGCGGAGCUUCAUGAAACCUUUCCGCUGGGUAACGAAAGCAUUGGCGAUCUAGUGGCCGUGGUAUAUCGCCACAGAGAUGAUGGCCGGAUUAUUGGCAAUCACACAUUCCCCACAGACCCCGAAGCGCUGAGCAAUUAUCUGAAGCUCGAUCUUGCCUGGUGGCUUGGAAAGAGAAAUCCGGAUGGUGUAUCGAUUGAGGAGGCCUACAAAUGUCGCAUCUGCGAGUUCGCCGAAAGGUGUGACUGGCGGCAAGAGAGAGACGACGAGAUUGUCCGGAGAUCCAAGAAGCAGAUGAGCAACAUGACCACAUCGUGA